UUUGGUUUUUCUUUUUGAAAUUAAAUAAUUGUUGUCUAAACUGGGUAAGGGAAGGUCAGGAUAAUUUAGCACUGAAUACGUAGAAAUGUAUUAUUGAAUGCGCUUGCAUCAACUGAAGCUUGCUGGGUAGACUGCUAGCUAAGUAGCUCAAUUAACACCACCAGUGACAACUUGCUAUAGAUAAGAUGACUGCCAUCAUAUAUGAAUGAUUUUCUUGUAAAUAGCUAGGUUGUUCACAAUAACCAUUUAUACAACGAUUAUUUCUAAAACAUAACUAUCUGUAUAAGGCAUCUAUAUAUGCACUUUGUGAAACACAAACAGUAUAGCUUAGUAGUGGGGCUUCUGUUGUGCCUAAUGAUGUAUUAGUGACUGGGUACGCGAAAUGUUUUAUUUUAUUUUUGUUGUCUACAUUAAGCCGCUGAACUUUUAAGUUUGACUGAGCUAUGUGAUUUCUUUCGUCCCACGGCAGUCAGAAUCAUUAGAAUGCAGUUGCCUAUUGAAUUUCUCUUCAGAACAAAAUUUAACACGCUAAAGGCGUCAUAAUUUAUGAGCAGAAAAAGUUAAAGCGAAAUGGUUACGAUAAAGCAAUACGUGCAUGUUAAGCUAAGACUCGUAUGGCUACAUAUGUAAUCGUUGGUAUUUUAAAUUACUGGUUUGCUGGUGGUCACUCCAGCAGGUCCAAAACCGCAGCAAGCCGUGGUCAAUUUUGUUUGAAGUGGGACCACCCACGCUUUGCUUGGUUUUAUGUUUCGGAUGCUUUGCCGUUCUUAAUCUGUUCAUGUGAUCAUAAACACAGGCACAGGUUAUCUUUCGAUUCCAUCGAGAUGCAAAGCUAAGCAUUUUUCUUUUGUUUUUGACCACCAUGUGCUGAUUACAUCCUAUUAAUUAUUGGCCUUGACCAAAACAGAACCUCAGCACUAGUUCGAUAAUAUCCAAUAUGGAACCAAAUAAGGAAUUGAGAGGAAACGGGCCUUCACAGGGCUGUUGCCUGUGACCGUCCUCUGCCUGGUUAGCUGCCCCCCACAUCAGACCAGGAUGAUCCCCACCCCUCUAUACUCGCAUGCUGGCCGUGGCCCCUUCUCUGAAGUCUAUGAGCCCAGUGAGGAUUCCUUCCUGCUGAUUGACGCUCUGGAGCAGGAUGCUGAUAGGCUGCAGCAGAUGAAGCCGUCCGUUUGUCUGGAGGUGGGCAGCGGUUCUGGUGUGGUCUCUGCCUUCCUGGCCUCUAUAAUUGGCCCUGGAGCUGUGUGUCUCUGUACGGAUGUAAACCCUGCAGCAGCCCAGUGCACUCUGGAGACGGCUCGUUGUAAUAACACCAGCCUGCAGCCUGUCGUCACAGACCUGGUGGAGGGUCUCCUGCCAAGGCUGUGUGGAAAGGUGGAUGUAAUGCUGUUCAACCCUCCAUAUGUAGUUACUCCAUCAGAAGAGAUUGGCAGCUGUGGCAUCGAGGCGGCUUGGGCUGGAGGGAGGCGGGGCCGGGAGGUGAUGGACAAGUUUUUCCCCCUGGUCACUCAGCUGCUGUCCAAUCAGGGGCUAUUCUAUUUGGUGACCAUUGCAGAGAAUGACCCAGAGGAGAUCAUUGGGCUGCUGGGUCAGUCUGGCCUACAGGGAGCGGUGUGUCUGUCUCGACGUGCCGGGAGGGAGAGCCUGUCCAUACUGCGCUUCUGCAGAACCUGAACCUGAACCCAAACCGCCGUAUCAUCGACCUCCCUCCAGGGCCGUCCCAGUCACCGGGCAAACGGAGCUCUUCAGCCACACAGUACUGACCUACCCUGCGGGCCAGGGGUGGAAUGCAGUCUGACCUGUAGGGGGCGAUGCUGAGCAUCUCACAGUUCCACAGGAGACUGUAGCAGAGGACAUUAUGCUACACCAGAGAUCCUGGCCACGGCUUUCUUCAUUCCAAGGCAAUUAACUCAACAGAUAGUGCUACUGAUUGGCCAGACUGUCUUCACACCUGACUCCCAAGUAAAGGGAAGGUGGAAAAGCAGCGGUUAUCGGCCCUUGAGGACCGUGAUUUGAGGAAGAGCGCGCUACGCCACGUGCCUAAAGAUGUGUAGUAGAACAGUCAGUACAACUGCUUACUGCGGCCAUCGUCUGUGGGUCUGCAGUGCAGAGAAGGAGACGUACGGACAGGAGUUCCAGCUGUGAAAGCACUUCUCCAUACUGGACUAUGACCGGACUACGCAGUGACCGGACUACACAGUGACCGGACUACGCCGUGACCGGGCUACGCAGUGACAAUAUGCAUAGCCACAAUA